AUGUACGCUCAGCAGCACUAUGCUGCCCCUCCCACAAGCUACGGUAGUGGUUAUUACUACCAGCAGCCCCCGCCACCCCCGCCACCUCCAGCUCCGUACAAUCCCGACCCAAAUACCUUCCGCAGAGACUACACAAAUCUGCUCACCGAAUUGAAGGUCAACUCAAGACCAAUCAUUCAACACCUUUCCAUGCUCGCCCAAGAUUUUACUCGCUAUGCGGACAUCGUCGCCCAUUGCAUUGAGUCUCAUAUUCGUAGAGUGCCACCCUGGAUGAAACUGCCCGCUUUCUAUGUCCUCGACGCUAUCUCAAAGAACGUUCACGACCCGUACGCCCGCCAGUUCUCAACCUUUGUUGUUCCGCUGUUCCUCGAGACCUACGGUCAAGUAGACCAGGCAACACGUACCAAAAUGGAAGAGAUGCUGCUCACUUGGCGGAACAGCUCUCCCGCUGGCUCUCAAGUUUUUGGUGCUCCAGCGCAGGCCGAUAUCGAGCGUGGUAUAUGGGGUGGUGGCGAUCCUCAGUCAAGCCAAAUAUCAAGGGCGCAAGUUCUCUCUGAGCUGGAGUACACCCUCAACCAGAAGGAGCGUGCCUUACAGGCCAACCCAGCAGAUAGCACUUCACAAAACCACAUUAGCAUCUUGCAUCAGCUUCGGAAACUUGUAGAAGCCGGCACUGUUUCGCAAGAAGAACUCCACCAAAUCCUUGCUCAACUUCGCUCUCUAAUGCGUGCUGUCGUCCCGACCCCAGCACCAAUACCGGCCGUUUCCGCGCCAGUUUCUGUCUCGUGGUCCAAUUCUUAUCCACAACCGCCUCCCGCUCCUAUGUAUCCUACGUAUGAUACCGUGAAAACAGAGCAACCUCCGGCUGUUACUGGUCCCGAUAUCGUUGGUUUGAUGGCGAGGUUAAAAGAGGCAGGCUAUGUUAAUGGAGCUAACCCCGUCGUCAAGUCUGAGUCUGACCCCGAGAGAGAGCAGUCUCGUGUGUAUAGGAGGGAUGUUCUCAGCUUAGAUAUGAAGUUAUCUACUGCUGACAUAUCAAGGAGACGGCCCGGCAUCACCACAUUUCUCUAUCAACGCCUUCCAGCGAAGUGUACCCAAUGUGGUCUUCGAUUCCCUGGUACUGACGACGGACCCGAAAUGCAAGCCCAUCUCGACAUGCAUUUUGCGCAAAAUAGAAAAGCGAAUCAGAACGUUGGACGGGGCCAUAGUCGGAGCUGGUUCGUUGGAGUUGAGGACUGGGUCCAAGAUGUGAAGGGUAAAGGCCGAGAAGGCGACCGUCCCAUCAAUGCGAAAGCUGCUGCUGCUGCUGCCACCGCCAAGCGAGAUGCUGAACUGCGGGCCCAGUACGUUGUCGUUCCGCGCGGGGAGGAGGCAACAGCUGUUUCAUGUCCGAUAUGUAAAGAGCAAUUCAAGACCGAGUUCUUGGACGAUGAUGAGGAGUGGGUAUGGCGGAAUGCCGUUUCUAAGGAGGAACGGGUCUACCAUGCGACAUGUUAUGCGGGGCUGGCUGCCCAACGACUACUGCGGAGUGACUUGGCGGCGAGUCUGCGUAGCCAUUCUAGUACGCCCGAGAUUUCAGUGCGGAGUUUAAAGAGUGAUGACACUGCCUCAUCACAACGACCCUCCAAAUCGCCCUCGCCAGAUUCUAAGCUGCUAGGGACAAAACGUAAGGUUGACGAUACCGACGCUGCUCUGAGUCCUGAGGCCGAGGGCACUCCUCGUUCCAAAAAACUUGCGUUGGACAUAAAAGCUGAGGAGACUUCGCCGUAA